UAGAAGAAGAAGACGACGAAGAAGAAGCAGGAGCAGAGAGGGACGAGCAUCGAGCCACGGGUUCCGUGACACUUCCACCGUCCGUGGACUCAUAUUUCACACAUUUUUCGGGAUGGCCUCACAGCCUCCGCCAAAACCGUGGGAACGACGUAUUCCGGGAGCGAUGAGCGCGCCUGUAAAUUACAGGUCUGCAGAAUUUGCACCAGCUCCAGGUCUCUCCACACCUGCUGGCACUCCUGUCCUGACCCGGAUGGUGCCCCCUGUCCCACCACGUCCUGUCCAGCAGUCGUAUCGUCCAUCCUAUGGCUCCUUCAACUCGUCCUACAGCCCCUAUGGGAGCUCAAUGUUAGGAGGCUACAGCCCUUACAGCUACGGCGGCAGCUAUGGUGGUGGCUAUGGCGGUGGCGGCUACGGCCUGGGAGGUUACGGCCGCUUGCCCCACACAGAAGAGGUCCCCCCCAGCAGGUUUGUGCAGCAGGCUGAAGAGGGCAGCCGCGGCGCCUUCCAGUCCAUCGAGAGCAUCGUGCAGGCCUUCGGCUCGGUCAGUAUGAUGCUGGACGCCACCUUCUCCGCCGUAUACAACAGUUUCCGCGCCGUGCUGGACGUCGCCAACCACCUGACGCGGCUGCGCGCUCACCUCACCCGCGUCCUGUCAGCCUUCGCUCUGGUUCGCACGCUGCGCUACCUUUACCGGCGGAUACAGAGGCUGCUGGGGCGGAGGUCUGGCACCGAGACCGAGGACUUGUGGGCAGACAGCGCUGCCGAUGCCAUAGCUACAACGUCGUCCGCGGGGUUUGAAGCGGGGCUGGAGGAUCAGACGGUCAAAUCUUGGCCCAUCUUUCUGUUUUUUGCCGUCGUCUUGGGCGGACCCUACCUCAUCUGGAAACUGCUGAGCUCUGGCCCUCGCUCUGAAGAAAGUGCCAGUAACUGGGCCAGUGGAGAGGACGACCAUGUCGUCGCCAGAGCGGAGUACGAUUUCACGGCUGCUUCUGAGGAGGAGAUUUCUCUGAGAGCAGGAGACAUGCUCAACCUCGCUCCUAAAGAACAACAGCCCAGAGUCCGUGGCUGGCUGCUGGCCAGCGUGGACGGUCAGACCGCCGGCCUCGUCCCUGCCAACUACGUCAAGGUUCUGGGGAAGAGGAGAGGACGCAAGCACGCAGAGACAGACAGACUCUCUCAGCUCCAACAAGUGAACACACAGACGCCGCCUCAGGCUGCGCCGUCACAACAGAAUCCUCCUGCCCAGACCUCAGAGGAGCUGCUGGAGUCGGUGUACAGAGAAACUCCGGAAACAACCAGCUCCGGUGUGAGCUCCAGCACGGUCGUAAAUAUCACUGACAAAAUGGACCUGUGAGGUUUUUACAUUAUGCAACGAUGUUCAGCUCAUUCUGUCGUAAUGUUACACUUGACUAAUAAUCACCUGAUGAUAGACACUAAGGCCAAGUCCACACUGGAUGUGUGUGUGGAGACGCACGUGUUUCACUGCAGAAAAGACCCUAAAAAAAUAUAAUUUCUACAACAUUUUUAGUGUCUGUAGCAUCACAUAAGACAAACGAGUCCUGUUUCUGUUUCAAAAUAAAAAAAAAUGCUCUAGCGUAAACUCUGGUUUGUUGUUUGGUCCAAACCAGAAAAUAUUCACAUGUUAGAAGCUAAAAAAUGAGAGAUGUUCAAUUUAGUAGUAACUCAAGCAUUUGGGUUCCCUGAAUCAAUUUUCUAACAAAGCUUUUAUUGUGAAAUACUUACUUCACACUGAAGAAUCCUGACAUGUUGUUGAAUACAAAAGAGUUUUUUAAGGAAUAAUAUGUAGAGCGCCUCAACACAACAACAGUAACGUUUUCAAAAAUCUAACUCUCUUUAAAUCCAUAGAAAUCCACUUGUAUUUUGAAGACAAUUGCCUGUGAUUUUGCAUUGAUUAAGCUGCUGCUGUUGUGUUUAAAACUCGCUUUAAAAUAAACAUUUAAAUGCUCUAUUCUCAGUAAAAGGCCAGGAUUCCUCUGAGAGAAGAAUUUGCCGCUCCUGCAAAUAUUUCACAAUAAAAGUUAUGUUGGUUAAAAAAACAUUUGUUGGAACAGAAA